CUUUUAGUUCUCAGUGCUGAUUUGCGAAGAAACAUUGAAAACCUAGAGAAGAAUAGUGUUACCAGUUUAAGAACUCUGGUCAAUCUUGGAUCCAAGGUGUACUUGCAAGCAGAAGUGCCCAAUACACAGCAUAUUUUUGUGGAUGUAGGGUUGGGAUUCCAUGUUGAAUUUACUUGGUCUGAAGCUUUGAACUACAUGCAGAAAAGGGAAGAAACGAUAGCUAA